AUGACUCGCGUUCCCGCAGUGACACCGUCAGAAGCCAGUCCGUUGAUCAAAGUGGCAUACAAUUCGCCGCCAGGCAGUACGAUCGAAGUCCCUGAGCCCUUUGCCGUCCUGGCCAACCAUCGGAAAUUGUCUGUCGCGGCUGCCCGUCACGAGAUGGCCGUGCAGAAGGCGUCGAAGGUGCUGCCGUCGAACAUUCGUGAACUGGCCGUCUAUCGCGUCGCCUGGACUGUCGGCUGCUCGGGUGUGUCGACUUCGGACGAUGCUCGCGCCUGGACGUACAGCGAGGACGAGCGGGCCGCGAUCGCCUACGCCGAUGCCAUGACCGGUGACCCGCACGGGGAGAACGGGGUGACGGACGAGCAGGUCGCGGAUCUCGAAAGCGCAGGUCCGCACUUGCGAACCUACGAUCACCCGGUGCCCAACAUUCGAAUCCGCGAAGCUGCCGGUCUGCUCGGUGUCAGUGACGACACCGUUCGACGGUGGGUCGGACGGUGGGCUUCACCGCGACGACGGACGACUCCGGGCCGCAAGGUCAUCGACGGUGCUGAGUUGGCGGGCUUCUGCCUGGUCCAACGCCGGACCGGCGACCGGCCGAUCUGCUCACGGGCG